AUGCCACAAAUAUUAUUUCCUAGAUCUGUGACAUCGUCCUCAACCUCUUCACGAAAUGGUCUUGUUACUGUAUUAUAUUUUGCCACCACACAACAAGUAUUAAAGCCUUCAGGAGUCGGUCCAUUGAUCGUUAUUGAUAACUUCUACCAAAUUGACCGUAACAAAAAUAUUGGCUCGGAAUCAACGACCGAGAACCAACAGACCUUUGAUAGUAGUAAGGUAGCACAUCUCAAUAGUGAUUAUUACACGUUGAAAGACAAUGUGCAAGGUAUAUUAUAUGACCGUGGUGAUGGCUGUAACACGUAUAAUCCAUACAAACUUGAACAAAAACCAGCAAAUGCAAUAAGUCCAGUACUUCCUCCUAACGUUUUUCCAAAUAAGUUUAUAGGGUUGGUUACAUCAGAUACGACUAAUUGCAGCAUCGAUGAUAAAAUAAAUAAAGCAAUAGAAGAUGGUGAUUCAUCGAAAAUUACACAAUCUCUACAAGAAAUAUAUAACAACUUUUCCAAAGGGAUUAAUGAUAACUUACCCUAUAGAGUGUUACGUGCCAGUCUUAGACCUUAUCAACCAAUAAUUGUCAGUUCAUGGCUAUUUGCAAUGUUUGCAGUGGGUGGUAUUCUGGUAAUUUCAUUCUUUGUCUCGAUUCUAAUACAUAUGAGGCUUUAUCGCAUGAGAAGAAAUCAACAAGAUGAAAUUAGAAGACAACAUUCAGAUGAGGAUGACUUAACUUGUGCUAUUUGUCUUGAAGAUUAUGAUAACGGUGAUGAAAUAAGAGAGUUGCCUUGUAAACAUUGGUUUCAUAAAGAUUUUUUAGAAGAAAUAGGUCAGCGUCAGAUUGCUACCAACAACAACAACAAUAAAAAUCGAUUAUUUGAUACAUUAAGUUUAUUACAAACAGAAAAACAGCCUGAUUUAUCAUUUGCGAUGUCACAAGAAACGCUAACAAUUCCAGUUGAAUUCUUGGUGGGUAAAAUCAGUAAAAAUCAAAGUCUAGUUUUCACCAAUAUAAUCAAUGAUCUUCGUGAAAAUCUACCACCAGCUAUGAAAUAUCAUUUUCAACAAUCUCAUGGUGUCGAUUGGGCUUAUCCAGUAAAUGAACCUGAACCAUGGAAUACAAUUACAAUUUUUCGAUUAUUGGAUCGUUUCUGGUUUACUACCUUCUCUGAUGUGUUUCAAAACUCUCGUACGAUGAACGAGAUUAUUAUUAACACGAAAGAGAUUCUUGGUAAAUGGUAUAACGAACCUAUAACUGUUCGUGAGAUGAUGCAAUUCAUACAAAAUUCUGAAGCAAUUUUAAGACUAAUUUAUAAAAAUGCACACGGAGUUGGUUUGACUAUGCAUGACACAAACUUGAUGGCUCAGAAUUGGUGGGAUGAAUUCCAAGCUACACUUCAUUAA